AUGCAGAAGCUGUUUGUGCGCCUUCGACGAUACAGUCGUUGCGCGACGACAGCCGAUAACAAUCGAAUGCAUAGCAAACACCAUCCUGAUAGAUCCCUCGACUUUAUCUUGAAAGGGAAAGUCUACAUCGAAGAACUUCCUCCGGAUAUUGAACCGAUUAGAAGCUUUCUCGAAAAAUACAGCGGCAUCCGCGCUAAGGAUAUAGACGAUCAUAUUCAUGAGAUAAGAGAUCGCUUAUGGGAUAUAUACCCUUAUAUCUGCAUCGGUCACUUUCGCUUCCUCUCGCUCAAGUUCACCCUGGAUCCCCGGUACCAAAUGGCGUUAAAUCAACUGCUCGCACCUAAGUCUAAGGCCAACUUUCUUGAUGUAGGCUGUUGUGUAGGCCAGAUGUUGCGACAGCUCGUAUUUGAUGGUGCCGAUUCUUCAAGACUUUUUGGUACAGAUUUGGACCCCCGAUUUCUUGAAGCCGGGUACGACCUCUUUAAGGAUCGUGACAAGCUUAAAUCUACUUUUGUAGUGGGUGAUAUGGUCAACCAGGGUAGCGAGAGUGAUGAUGGCGAUAAAAGUCUCGAGUUAUUUGACGGGAGGAUGAGCAUUAUCCACGCAACUAGCUUCUUCCAUCUCUUCACUCGGGAGAACCAAAUACGGGCAGCUCAGCGGAUGGUGCGGUUUCUCGACCCCAACGACCCAGACGUCAUGAUAUUCGGACGUCAAGCUGGGACUACGACACCGGGCGAUAGAGAAGGAUCUAAGAGGACAAAGAGGUUCCUUCACAACGCUGCAAGCUGGCAAGAAUUAUGGGAUGAGGUCGGUAAGCUAACGGGGACCUCAUGGCGAACUGAAGUGGAUGAGAUAGAAGAGAUUGGCAUGCAUCCAGACGGGAAUGCUGACGAGACACUUCGACCCAUACAAUUUGGCGUUUUUCGGGCUUGA